GGGGGUUCGAUUCCCCGCGGUGCCCGCCGCUCCUGCCAGGAUCUGAACACAGACCUGCCCUGAUGAGAAAGUGGGCUGGGUGGUCAGGUUUUUACCAACAUGCUGUCUCCUUUGGGCCCCUUGUCCAGGCACAUAUUUGAAAGCAGCAUAUCUACCUCUCUCUGGCUACAAAGUGCCUACAGAGCCAUCUCCUUCCCUCCAUGUGUCCCUGCUAGCAGUGCCAUCAUCCGCCCAAUCACCUCAUUUGUACCCCAGCAUGAGGACGUCCCCUCCUCUGAGCUGAUGGCGUUCGGGCAUGAGCUGCGCCGGUACGCGCGCCUGACGGUGAUCACGGGCGCGGGCGUGUCGACCGAGAGCGGCGUGCCCGACUACCGAUCGGCCGGCGUCGGCCUGUACGCGCGCUCGGACCGCCGGCCGAUCCAGUACCGCGACUUCGUCACUUCGGAGGCGGCGCGCCGCCGCUACUGGGCGCGCAACUUUGCCGGCUGGCCGCGCUUCUCUUCGGUGGCGCCCAACGCGGCGCACCUGGCGCUGGCUGACUGGCAGCGGCGCGGCCGGCUGUCGGCGCUCGUGACGCAAAACGUGGACGGCCUGCACGUGCGCGCUGACGGCGGCCCGCUGACGGAGCUGCACGGCUCGGCGCACCGCGUCCGCUGCCUGGCCUGCCCGCACACGGCCGGCCGCCACCAGUUUCAGCGCACGCUGGCCGACGGCAACCCGGGCCUGUCAGCUACGGCGAUUGAGAUGCGGCCGGACGGAGACGUGGAGCUGAGCGAGGAGAUGGAACGCUCGUUCGUGGUGCCGGCCUGCCCCAGCUGCGGCGGCAUGCUCAUCCCCGACAUCGUCUUCUUCGGCGACAGCGUGCCGCGCGAGCGCGUGCAGCACGUGCGCCAGCACGUUGAGGAGUGCGACGCGCUGCUGGUGGUCGGCUCGUCGCUGCAGGUAUACUCGGCCUACCGGUUCGUGCUGCAGGCGGCGGAGCUGGGCCGCCCCGUGCUCAUCCUCAACAUCGGCCCCACGCGCGGUGAUCGCCACGCUACGCUCAAGCUCAGCGCUCGUGCCGGUUUCGUGCUUCCCCGCCUGGAUGUGUGACGUCACGCAGUGCUGCUCGGCGAGAGGUGUGCUGGAACGUGACAUGCGGUCAGCUGCCUGCUCCUCUCGCGCCGCUGCCGCCGUAGUGACAGCCUGACCCGCUGUCACUGGACCGCGUGGUGCCGAGGGGUGGUCGGCAGUCAUCUGUUGGCAACUCUCCAGCCGCCACGGCGCUGCGCUCGUCUGCAGCGCUCAAGUCGGUACCUGUCUAGCACAGUGAGACCAGUUGGCGUGGUUUUACUGAACACAACGACGGGUAAUGGACGCAGUCUACGUAGGUCGAAGGUGGAUAGCAGGCAGCGCUGGUGUAUUUCACCAACGUUCUUGCCUGGUUAUGCGUGAUAUCAUUCGUAUAUCCUUUUAACGGUAGUGUAUAAUUAAUUCAAGUAAGCUGUACCGAGUGGCGCAUCCGUACCUGAGAGCAGUAGCGACUCGUGCGACUCUGCAGGCUGUGUACCUGGACAGCUCCGGUAUGGUAGAACAUGAUGCCCACCUCCCGGCAGACGUACCACGACCAAUCAAGGCCAGAACUUCGCUCGCUAUUUCGCGUGCCAAUGUAUUAGGUCAAACAGCGUGCCCAAGGAAUGAUCGAAGCGAAUUUCAUUGCGCGACAUCAUGCCUCCCGCCCAACAGCAAAAUGGACCCCCUUACCUAUUGGCCUAUUAGAGUGCAUAUCGUGCAAUAACACGCACAGAAUAAAAUGUCGGAUACCCACUAA